AUGGUCUUUCUCAGCCGGAGCACGAUCCUAGAUAAUUCCUGCUCCUGCUCCUGCUCCCCGCGCGCCAGGGGUCUCUGGGAGCCGCCCGUGUGCGUGAGGGCCCCGCUCCGUCUGGAUAGCGGUUUUCUGAACUUCCCGGUGCGGCCCGCACGGGGAAAGUCUGGGUGCGGGUCCUCCCGGAGCCAGCGGAACCCCACCCCGCCCUCGAACUCCCUCCCGCUAUCCCCUCGACUUCUUGGCUCUCACCACCCUAACAUCGGCGUGGGGGACCCCAACAACUCCGAGCCAUCACGGAAGCCGAGUUCUUCCCCGGCUCACCAGGCCGCGCCCACGGCCCAGGGCCCCCUGGAAGUGGUGGUGCUCAUGGAGCUUGCGCAGCAGGGCCGGGUGAUGGCUGAGGACGUGGCCAUUUACUUCUCCCAGGAGGAGUGGGGGCUCCUCGAUGGGGCCCAGCGGCUGCUCUACUGUGAUGUGAUGCUAGGGAACUUCAUGCUCCUGUCCUCGCUGGGUCUGUGGCAUGGAGCUGGAGGUGAGGAGGCACCCGCUGGGCAGGGUGUUUCUGGAGGAGCGUGUUGGGUUAGGACCCCAAGGCCAGGUCCUCCUACCCCGAAGUCCCGGCCCUGUGGGACAUGCGGCUCACUCUUGAAAGCCAUUGUGCACCUGGCUGCGCAGAGCGGGCCGCACCCCAGGCAGGAGCUGCGCACGCAUCUAGAAGACCUCUACCGCCACCCAGUGCAGGUGUCCACUGCGGGUCGUCCUGGCAGUGCCCAGCGAGAGCCAUGGUUUCUGAAGAGCCACCGAGUUCACGUGGCAGUGGGGCCCUUUGUGGGCAGGCUGGGCGGGAAGGGCUGGACCGCCAACUCAGACCUCCAGCAGUCGGCUACUGGCAGGGUUGGGGUGCCCCACGGGGAGGCCCUCCACAGGAGACAACAUGAUUUCCGCUGCCAAGAAGGUGGGAAAGACUUCUGCCCUCAAAAGAUGCUGUUUGAGCCCCAAAACACCUGCCCCGGGGAAAGGCCUUAUGAGUGCAGUGAGUGUGGGAAGUGGUUUAGGUACAGAUCCAACCUUACCAAGCACCAACAGCGGCAUGUGGGCCAACAGCCCGCCAUGUGCGGCCAGGACGGGAAGGCCUUUGGCUUCCAGCCCCACGUCCUCAGGUGCGGGCAGACCCAUGCGGGGCAGUGGCCUUUCCCCUGCUCCCAGUGCCCCAAUGUCCACCCCGAAGGGGUCUUCACAGAGAGCCCCGGCUGCGUGGAACCCCCAGAAAGCCCCUCCAGGCCGCGACCAUUCCCGUGCAGCCAGUGCGGGAAGGCCUUCCUCACGCAGGCCCACCUCGUGGGUCACCAGAAAGUCCACGCGGGGGAGAGGCCUUUCGAGUGCAGCCAGUGCGGGAAGUUCUUCAUGUACAGCUCCACACUUACCAGACAUCAGAAGGCCCAUGCCAGAGAGAAGCCAUCUGGCUGUGGUGACUGCGGGAAGCUCUUCGUGGACGGCUCCACGCACAUCGUCCAUCGGAGCGUUCACCCCGGGGAGAAGCCUUUGGCAUGCGGUGAGUGUGGGAAGCUCUUCCGCUACCGCUCCAUGCUCCUGCGGCACCGCAGAGUGCACACCGGGGAGCGGCCCUUCGAGUGCAGCCAGUGCGGGAAGUUCUUCGUGGACAGUGGCUCGCUGGUGACCCACCAGCGGGUGCACACUGGAGAGCGGCCGUUUGUGUGCGGGCAGUGCGGGAAGCUCUUCCGCUAUGGCUUCACACUCAGCAGACACCAGCGGCUGCACUCUGGGGAGCGGCCAUUCUCCUGCGGCCAGUGCGGGAAGCUCUUCGUGGACGGCUCUGCGCUCAGCAGCCACCAGCGUGUGCACACCGGGGAGCGGCCCUACGCAUGCGGCCAGUGCGGGAAGCUCUUCCGCUACCGCUCCACGCUCGACACGCACCGGAGAGUGCACACGGGCGAGCGGCCCUACGCAUGCAGCGAGUGCGGGAAGUUCUUCAGACACAACUCCAACCAAAUCCGACACCGCAGGAACCACCUGGGUGCCAAGCCCUACGCAUGCGGGGACUGCGGGCGCCUCUUCAGCCAGAACGCCCACCUCACCCGCCACCGCCGAGUGCACACCCGAGAGAGGAGCCAUGCAUGCAGCACGUGCGGGAAGCGGUUCGUGGACAGUGCAGCCCUCAGCAGCCACCAGAGGAUGCACACGGGGGAGCGGCCGUUCGCGUGCGGCCAGUGCGGAAAGGCCUUCAGCUACAACUCCAGCCUCAUCAAGCACCGGCGAGUGCACACCGGGGAGAGGCCACGCCCACCACAUCCCGCACCAAAAGGCCCAUGCCAGGUAAAACAAGUCACAGUACAGGACGCGUGCCAAGAUGGACAGAAAUACACCAGUCAUCACCGAACCUCGAUUUCUCAUGUAACCAGGGUGCAGGCACCAGAACCAUGUUUAAAAGUCUUUCCAUCUUUCCAAACAAAACCCUGUAAAGAAAUGAGGUGCUAGUGGCUCACACCUGUGGUCCUAGCUACU